GAUACUCAGUAUAUGUCCAUUCACUGGACCAUAUAUCAGUACUAUUCUAUCUCAAUUGUAAAAUGUACAGUGUGUAUGUAAAGAAGACACAUAUAUCAUCCAAAAGAAAUUCUAUACUGAAUCUGCUGUUUGCUUUUUUAAAAUGUGUUCACAUGCAGUGCCUAUGCAAAUGUGGGGUGGUCCGUUUUCAUUCAAGCAUAAAUCCUGACAGAGAAAAACAAGACACCAGGGUGACUGCAAAGGAGGAAGCUGGAUCAUUGAGUGUAGAGUUUUACUUGAAUUAUUUCAACAAUUCUCAUUUUUGGAUUGAAUAUUUGUGGGGGAAAAAUGAGAAUAGCGGUAAUCGUCGUCCUCUGCAGUUUGGCAGGUAUUACUCAGGGUGAGGUGACUUUAAAGGCAGACAGACCCUAUUUAGAGGUGCGGCACCCUUCCUCUGCUGAAUUGAAGUGCUGCUACAAAGGAGCGCCACAGGACCUCAUUUGGAUCAGACGUGUUAAACCUACCAGACACACCACCGCUGUGGAAACAGUGAUUGCUUCGAAGUCUGUGCGUGAAGGAGACCCUGAUGUGUGCUGUGGUACCCUAAAGGUUACAUUAGUCCAGCUGAAUGACUCUGGACUGUACCAGUGUUAUUUGAAUGACACUAAACUCUUCACUCAUGGCACCUACCUUCAUGUCUACGAGCCACUGGACAAGACAAUAGACUUCGACGAAAGCACCAAAAACACGAUCCUGACCGUUGAGGGAAUCCUACUGUUAAUGUGUGUUCUGGUGCCUUCCGCCAUUCUUCUGUUCAAGUCAAAGACUCUCCAUACACUGGAGAAGAAGAAAAUGAAGAAGGAAGAGGAAAACAUAUAUCAGGGGCUGAAUCUUGAUGAUUGUUGUACAACAUAUGAUCAGAUUGAACGCUCCCAGGCACAGGGUCCAUACCAGGAUGUGGCCAACAUUUUGGGAGAAGGGGAUGAAGUCCAGCUCGAGAAACCAUGAAAGGAAGUGGAGAAAAGUGUGAAAUGUAAUUUUUUUUAGCAUCUGAAACGUAUUGCUUAACUUUGUGCAAUCAUUUAUGAUUCAAACAGCCAUUGUUCAAAUCGCCUUACUACAUAGUUAUGGCAGUUACCAGGAUUUUAGGCCACAUAAGUUCUAGUAGCCAUGCCACUCAUUUUAUUCAUUUAAAAACAGCUACGUGUGUGUUGUCUUUUCCUUGGCAUUAAAUUGAUACAUUUAAGGAGAAAGAAUAUGAAAUGCUUGUCAGAUGGUUAACAGUCUGAAAAAUACUCAAGACAUGCUAGUUGCUGAGGAAUUUGUGUACAGAUUAAGAACUCCUUAACAGCUUCAGAGUGACCAUUGAGGUAAGAUCAUUUUGUUAUCAGCUUUAAUGUUUAUAUAAACCUCUGUAAAAUGAACUAUUUGCAUUAUACUGUAACUUAUGACAAUUACUUGCCUUCUAAUGCUUCUUUAACUGCUGGAAAAAUAAAGAGUGUAA